UGGUAAAGUGAUUUUUACUUCUACUUGUCCUUCUUAAUUACGAUUCUACCAUUUUUCUUAUCCCAAUACACCACCAGGUUAAAAAAAAAAAAAAUACCCUUCCUCUCUCUCUCUAACCUGUUGAGUUCCCAUUUCUUUACCGUGGCCUUUGUAGUUUGGUCCAUCGCCUUCUUCUCGAAGUCCCUCUUCUAAUUCUAACAAUCUCUCCAAAACCCUAAUACCUCCCUCAUUCCAAUUUCUUAGGACCAUUACUUUGAUUUCGACGGAUCGAUUCAAGGCCAUCGACAACGAAUCACAUCUCAGAUGUGCUCCACAUAAAAAUCUCUAUAUCAACCCGAGAAAUUAGGGUUUAAUGUGAUUCUCCCAAACCACUUCAUGAAUAGGGUCCGAAUACAGAUAUGAAGCGUGAAUUGGCUUUCGCAUUGGAGGCUCAGUCUCAGCUUAUUGGUUCUUUCGGUCGGACUCGCUCUUCGAAGCCUCUUAAUAGUGCAUUGAACGGAGUUUCUGAGAAAAGAAGUAGUAAAAGAGUCAAGGGUUUUGCUGUGCACGAGUCUGGCUUGAAUGGUUCUAUUAAUGGGUCUCAACAAAAGUCCGAAACGAAUGGUUUGAUCUAUAAGAACGAAGAAAAGGAGGUAAUUACAAGUCAGAGUAAUGAAAUUUCUGUGUAUACUAGAAAUAAAAAGUUCAAGAGUGCGACUGUGGAGUUGGAGGUAAAUGAGAGUGUGGUCGAAACUGUAAAUAGGGAUCAUCUAGAGUGCAAUUUGGCAACACCAGUAUGCGAAGUCGACAAUGGAGUUAAUUUGGCACAGGCUUCAGUUAUGGAAGAGCUAGUGGGUGGUAUUGAAAAUCCUGCUCCCAAAGAAAGUGCUUGUGAGGCUGCACAAGUUGUGGUUGAUCAGAAGAGGAAGAAGAAGAAAGUUGUGCCUGUAAAUGCUCCACGGCGAUUUACAAGGUCGGCAUUGAAAGCAAAUGUGGAGGCAGUGGAGUGUUUGGUGUCGGUUCCCAUUGAGAGUGGUGCACUGGAAGCAAAUGUGGAGGCAGUGGAGUGUUUGGUGUCGGUUCCCAUUGAGACUGGUGCACUGGAAGCAAAUGUGGAGGCAGUGGAGUGUUUGGUGUCGGGGCCCGUUGAGACUGGUGUACUGGAUAGUGGUAAUAGUGAAGCAGUUUUGGAAGUUGAGGGGAAUGAAACUGGUGCAGUUAGUGCAUUGGGGACUCCAACCAAGAAGUUGGAACUCAAAAUGUCAAAGAAGAUUACAUUAACGAAGCAACCAACGACUGUUAGGGAGCUUUUUGAGACUGGUUUGCUCGAGGGAUAUUCAGUUUAUUACAAUGGUGGCAAAAAGGGAACUGCACUUACUGGAGUGGUUAAAGGAAUUGGUAUUUUGUGUUCUUGUAAUUUGUGCAAGGGUUACAGGGUUGUUACACCUUGCCAAUUUGAGAUUCAUGCUUGUCAAUCGUACAGACGUGCGGCACAGUAUAUAUGCCUUGAGAAUGGGAAAAACCUCCUUCAGGUGGUGAAGGCUUGCAAGAGCUCUCCUCUAGACACAUUGGAAGAGACAAUUCAGAGUGCUAUUGGUUCAUUGCCUGUAAGGGAAUCUAUCAUAUGUCAGAAUUGCAAGGGCUCCUUUAUUGCAACGGUGGCUUCAAAAUUUGGGCAAUUUUGCGAUUCAUGCUUGGAAUUGAAGGACUUGCAAUCUGGCCCAACCCAAACAGCUGGCCCAAGUACUAGGUCAUCAAAACAAGAUUUGGUCUUAAAGAGAUCGUCUAGAAUAGCUAAAGUGGGUAUGUUGUCAGAAAACAACAGUCAAGAGAAAAUUCCAAAAACGUCUUCGAAACCAGCUUCGGUUUCAAAGUCAUCUGAAAGUGCUUUAGUCAGUAGUUCAUCACAAAAUACGAGUAAAGGGAAGAGAGAAAAGAAGUCCUCAAAAUCAGCUUGGGUUCUGAAGUCCCCAGGAAGUGCUUCAGAGCGUAUUUCAUCGCAAAACAAAAGUAGGGGGAAGAUAACAAAAAAUUUAUUGAAACCAACUUUGGUUUCGAAGUCCUCUAGAAGUGCUUCAGUGCAUAUUACGUCAGCAAACGGGAGUCUAGGGAAGAUUAGAAAAAAGUCAUCAAAAUCAGUUGUGAUUCCAAGGUCCUCUAAAAGUGCCCCUUUACGUUUUUCUUCACAAAAAAAGAGGCGAUGGAAGAUAACAAAAAAAGAUCUGAGGUUGCAUAAGUUGGUUUUUGAAGAAGGUGCAUUACCGGAUGGAACUGAAUUAGCUUAUUAUUCCAAUGGACAGAAAUUGCUCCAGGGUUAUAAAAAGGGCCUUGGAAUAUUUUGUUAUUGUUGCCGUACUGAGGUCAGCGCCUCAACGUUUGAAGCUCAUGCAGGUUGGGCCUCGCGCAGAAAACCCUAUGGAUACAUUUACACAUCUAAUGGGGUGUCUCUCCAUGAGUUGGCAAUAUCUCUAUUAAAAGGUCGUGAGAAAGCUGCCAGGGACAAUGAUGAUCUAUGCAUCAUCUGUGCAGAUGGUGGAAAUCUUUUGCUUUGUGAUGGAUGCCCAAGGGCCUUCCACAUAGAAUGUGCAUCCCUUACCAGCAUCCCUCGUGGUAAAUGGUACUGUCAGUAUUGCCAGAAUAUGUUUCUGAGAGAGAAGUUUGUGGAGCAUAAUGCCAAUGCUGUGGCUGCCGGACGUAUUUCAGGAGUUGAUCCUAUAGAACAGAUCACAAAGCGAUGCAUUCGCAUCAUCAAAAACCCAGAAGAAGUUGAAGCUAUUGCAUGUGUGUUGUGCAGAGGUUAUGACUUCAGCAAAUCUGGAUUUGGUGAACUCACAGUUAUACUUUGUGAUCAGUGUGAGAGGGAAUAUCAUGUUGGCUGCUUGAAGAAAAAUAAAAUGGCAGAUUUAGAGGAAUUGCCGAAGGGGAAGUGGUUCUGCAGCAUGGAUUGCCAGAGGAUCUCUUGUGCACUGCAGAAUUUGUUAAUUCGUGGAGAAGAGAAGCUCCCAGACUCUCUCUUGGAUGUUCUAAAGAAGAAGCACGAGGAGAAAGAUCCAGGCACCGUCUUCGACUUUGAUGUGAGAUGGAGGGUUCUAAGUGGCAAAAUUGCUUCUCGUGAAACUAGAUUGUUGCUUUCAAAGGCUGUAGCCAUCUUCCAUGAAUGCUUUGAUCCUAUAGUUGAUUUGACUACUGGACAGGAUUUUAUUCCAUCAAUGGUUUAUGGAAGGAAUCUAAGGGGCCAAGACUAUGGAGGGAUGUAUUGUGCAGUAUUAACAGUCAAUUCAUCUGUUGUAUCAGCUGCAAUCCUCCGAGUUUUCGGAUGCGAAGUUGCAGAACUCCCUUUAGUUGCAACAAGUAAUGGUAAUCAAGGAAAGGGUUACUUCCAGAUAUUGUUCUCCUGCAUUGAGAGAUUGCUUGCUUUCUUGAAUGUGAGGACCUUUGUGCUACCUGCUGCUGAGGAAGCAGAAUCUAUAUGGACACAGAAAUUUGGUUUCGAAAAGAUACCUUCGGAACAGCUUGACAACUUUAGAAAAGAUGUUUCGCAAAUGAUGACCUUCAAAGGAACGUCUAUGCUACAAAAAAAGGUUCCCCAGUGUCGAAUGAUUGUGCAAGAUGAUUAGCUUGUUUUUGUGUUUCUGCAGGGUCUAGCUGAGUGCCGUGAGGUCAUUUUUCCGAUGGCUUUAUGUUUGUGCAUUUUGGAGAAAUAUUUAUCUAUUAUUAUUUAUCGGCGGUAAUGGUUCUGAUCAACGAACAUUUGAAAUGAGAAUGAGAAUGAGAUGGUAGCAGUAGGUGAAAUAUAGCCAUUGAUGAAGACGGAUGGAAGAUAGUUUUUUGUUUGGCCAUUGACUGGAGAGUUGAUUUGUAAAGUGUACGACAGUUCUGAUAGUGAAUGCAUUUGAUUUCUUUUUUGAAUUUCUCA